UUCCACACACAGGAAGUGAGUUUUUUCAGGUCCCUUAGGCCACUUGGUUCUAGCAUCUACCCGGCCAGUCUCCGUCAAGAUCAGGUGGAACAGCUGACUGAUAUGAAGGUAAAUGAUAUAUACAGAGAAGAAGAGACGUAUGUGACUGAUAUGAAGGCAGAAGAUAUAGAGAGAGAAGAAGAGACGUAUGUGACUGAUAUGAAGAUAAAUGAUAUAUACAGAGAAGAAGAGACGUAUGUGACUGAUAUGAAGGCAGAAGAUACAGAAGGAGAAGAAGAGACGUAUGUGACUGAUAUGAAGGCAGAAGAUACAGAAGGAGAAGAAGAGACGUAUGUGACUGAUAUGAAGGCAGAAGAUAUAGAGGGAGAAGAAGAGACGUAUGUGACUGAUAUUAAGGCAGAAGAUAAAGAGGGAGAAGAAGAGACGUAUGUGACUGAUAUGAAGGGAGAAGAAGAGACGUAUGUGACUGAUAUGAAGGCAGAAGAUAUAGAGGGAGAAGAAGAGACGUAUGUGACUGAUAUAAAGGCAGAAGAUAUAGAGGGAGAAGAAGAGACGUAUGUGACUGAUAUGAAGGCAGAAGAUAUAGAGGGAGAAGAAGAGAUGUAUGUGACUGAUAUGAAGGCAGAAGAUAUAGAGGGAGAAGAAGAGACGUAUGUGACUGAUAUGAAGGCAGAAGAUAUAGAGGGAGAAGAAGAGACGCAUGUGAUUGAUAUGAAGUUAGAAGAUAUAGAGGGAGAAGAAGAGACUCAUGUGACUGAUAUAAAGCCAGAAGAUAUAGAGGGAGAAGAAGAGACGUAUGUGAUGGAUAUGAAGGCAGAAGAUAUAGAGGGAGAAGAAGAGACGUAUGUGACUGAUAUGAAGGCAGAAGAUAUAGAGGGAGAAGAAGAGAUGUAUGUGACUGAUAUUAAGGCAGAAGAUACAGAGGGAGAAGAAGAGACGUAUGUGAGGGGUGAUCAGCAGUGUAAGGAGGAGGAAAUCCCUACAGAUAUCAGCACAUUAGAUGGAGGCACAAGCCGGAAUGCCUUGGAGGGAGAUCUCAUCUUGUCUGCAGAUACCAAAACAGAAGAUAACAUCACACAGGAUUCUCCAGGAGACAGCCCCGUUAUGCUAAAUAUACAUCCAGUACCUCACAGCGCAGAUAUAUCAUCCAAUCCCUCUAAUCACGAGGACUGUUCAUCUGAUACCUCAGCUUUUGUAACACAUAGUGCAGCUCAUACACCUGAUAAUAUAUUUCCCUGUUCCGAGUGUGGGAAAUGUUUUACAUGUAAAUCAUAUCUUGUUAGACAUCAGAGAAGUCACACAGGUGAGAAGCCAUUUCCAUGCUCUGAGUGUGGGAAAUGUUUUACACUUAAAUCAGAUCUUGUUAGACAUCAGAGAAGUCACACAGGUGAGAAGCCAUUUCCAUGCUCUGAGUGUGGGAAAUGGUUUACACAGAAAUCACAUCUUGUUACACAUCAGAGACGUCACACAGGUGAGAAGCCAUUUCCAUGCUCUGAGUGUGGGAAAUAUUUUAAACAGAAAUCAGAUCUUGUUACACAUCAGAGAAGUCACACAGGUGAAAAGCCAUUUCCAUGCUCUGAGUGUGGGAAAUGUUUUACACUGAAAUCAGAGUUGGUUAGACAUCAGAGACGUCACACAGGUGAGAAGCCAUUUCCAUGCUCUGAGUGUGGGAAAUGUUUUACACUUAAAUCAGAUCUUGUUAGACAUCAGAGAAGUCACACAGGUGAGAAGCCAUUUCCAUGCUCUGAGUGUGGGAAAUGUUUUACACUUAAAUCAGAUCUUGUUAGACAUCAGAGAAGUCACACAGGUGAGAAGCCAUUUCCAUGCUAUGAGUGUGGGAAAUGUUUUACACUUAAAUCAGAUCUUGUUAGACAUCAGAGAAGUCACACAGGUGAGAAGCCAUUUCCAUGCUCUGACUGUGGGAAAUGUUUUACAUGGAAAUCACAUCUUGUUACACAUCAGAGAAGUCACAAAGAGGAGAAACCAUUUCCAUGCUCUGAGUGUGGGAAAUGUUUUACACGUAAAUCACAUCUUGUUACGCAUCAGAUUUCACACAGGAGAAGCAUUACUAUGAAUGAUACAGGGUUGAAGCAACACUCCUGUCACACACUAUUUUAACACUUUAUGUUAUCCUUCCAUAGAUAAUUGGAAUGUGUAUCAUUAAGAUAAGAUGAACUACAUAACUCCAGCAAAACUUUUAGUAAUUUCUCCUAUAUAUUUUUCUAUUUAAUAUUUCCUAUAUAUUCAAUUUAGUCUAGAUCAGUGCUGGCCAAACCGGUCCUCGAGAUCUACCAACAGUGCAUGUUUUCCAGGCCUCCUGGAGAUCUGUAGAAUUGUCAGUUAGGAAUGAAUGCAGCACAUCUUAAUUAGUAAUGACUACACCUGUGCACCAGCUAGGUAGUCUGGAAAAUGUGAACUGUUGGUAGAUCUCGAGGACCGGUUUGGCCAGCCCUGGUCUAGAUGUUGCCAGCACUCUCCACAGUAAUACCAGACCACAUAGCUGUUAUGUAUGGGUUACAUUGUAUGGAUUUCAGUCACAGAUAAACGAUAAAACACAU